CUUCUGCUAAAGCAUAGAAGUAGUGCUAUAGAGGAAGUUGUAAGUAUAGCCCAGUAGAGUGAAAGUGAGUGCAAAUGGAGGCUAGUCGCUUUUUAGGAUGGAAGAAGAAUUCAAGGAAUUGGCUUCACAAUGUAGAAGAAGAUGAAGAGGUGAGAGCAGAAUCAACUAUACCUUCAGUACCUCAGCCAGAAACACCAAGGGAGCCAAUGGAAUUCUUGUCAAGAUCUUGGAGCCUCUCUGCUACAGAAAUCUCGAAAGCUCUUGCUCAGAAAGAGAGAGACUCCGCAUCUGACAAGAAGCUGAAUGCAAUCCCAGAAAUGGUCACUGGAAAUCAGUUUCCAGGGAAGGUCAUAAACCUGCCUGUUCAAGGUCGAAGAUCAGGGGCAAUUGGAAGGUGGUUUCAUCAUAAGGAAUCUAGUCAUAGUACAGUGAAGAAGAAAGACAAGGCACGAGUGGAGAAUGCACAUAUGCAUGCUGCCCUCUCUGUUGCAGGUCUAGCUGCAGCAUUGGCGUCUGUGGCCGCAGCAGAAAACAGAAAAGGUUCAAGCUCUAAAAUGAGCACAGCUUUGGCCUCAGCUACAGAACUUCUGGCAUCCCAUUGCAUUGAAUUGGCUGAAUCAGCGGGGACUGAGCACGAUCGUGUAGCCUCCAUUGUCAGAUCAGCUGUGGAUAUUCGCAGUGCCAGCGAUCUAGUAACUCUCACAGCUGCAGCUGCAACAGCACUACGCGGAGAAGCAGCUUUGAAAGCAAGAUUGCCAAAAGAAUCAAAGAGGAAUGCAUCUAUAACUCCUUGUGACAAGAGCAUGGCAGAAACUCAGUCUUUUGCUGGUUUUCGUAGUGAAAUAGAAGAUGCUCCCCUUGUAGGUGACUUGCUGCAACACACGCGAAAAGGUGAGCUGAAGUGGAAACACGUUUCUGUCUACAUCAACAAGAAAUCCCAGGUGAUACUGAAACAAAAGAGCAAACAUGUGGCUGGAGCCUUUUCCAAAAAGAACAAAUGUCUUGUUUAUGAGGUUUGUGAUGAGACCGCAACUUGGCCGUUCAAGAAAGAAAGGGAAAACACAGAAGUCUAUUUUGGAGUCAAAACUGCACAGGGUCUUCUUGAAUUCAAGUGCAAGAACAAAAUCCACAAACAAAAAUGGGUGGAUGGAAUUCAAGAUCUACUGCAUCGAACCAGUUUCAUGGAAGAUGCUGAGCAUUCUAUGAGGGUUUUACGCAUUAACAAGAGCAUUUGAUUGCUUGUUUGCCAAUAAUUUCUCAGUUUCAUACGUGAAGUUUUCUUGAUGAACAGAGAGUAGAGUAUGUAUAUGUAUUUGGGCUAGGGUUGACAGUGAUAAAUUAGAUAAAAGCAGUUGUUUUCAUGUGAAGUUUUGUUGUUUGCUUGCUCUGAUAUCUGUAUCAUCCAGCAACAUAAAAGAGCAAGUCUCUCUGUACAAAGAUUCAUGUUCAUUUGUUGAUAGCAUAUGAUGAGCCCACGGUUGUAAUUCCCAAUUUUUCUUCCUGUGCGAGUACGUGUGCUUCUCUUUCUAUUGUAUAUAUCAUAAU